UUUUCUCGGUGUUACUACUUCCGGUGUGUUUGUUCGUCCCUCCCACUUGUCGAAGGUUCCCACGUGCGCACAGGAAUGUGUUCGUGACUAUCAAAUGUACUUAUUUUCCCACUCCUACGUCUGAUUUAAACAAUUUAGAUCUGUUUUUUAACAUGGACCUCGCUGCGAAGGACGCGUACAUUCAGAAAUUUGCAAGUAAAGUCUUUCAUCAGCACCAGGAAUCUAAAGAGAGACCGUUUGUUUAUUACAGAGGUAAAAGCACAACUGAUCCUCAAAAGAAGAAGAAGAAGAAUAAAAAGAAAAAUAUUCAAGACAAGAAUGAUGACAAAAAGACUCCUAAACCUCAACAGAAAUCUUCUCCUUCGCCAUCCACGCAAAAAGGAGCCGCUCCAGCAGAAAAGAAUAAACCCAAACAUAUCAUAAGCACUAAUGGAGCCACAACACGCAUGACUGAAGAGAAAUCCCUCGCCAGCUUCUCCUCUGUAGAUCUGUUGCGAAAGAGGCUACAUGAGAAGAUUGAAGAGUCCAGAGGCCAGGGAGCUCCUCAGGAUGCAUUAUCAGAAGCUGUCCAAGCAAAGCGUGCAAAGCGAAAGCUGGAGCGAGAACGCAAAAAGAGGAAGAAGAAAGAAUUUCAGAUGAAGAAACUGGCUGAGAAAAGUGACAAAGUGCCUCCAGUUGAGGUGAAAAAGGAGGAAGAGCAAGCACCUGCCCCCAAAAAAAGAGACGAGGCAGCUAUUGUCUUUAACACAGUGCAAAUAGUAGAGGAGGCAUACGUUGAUAAAAUGCUGAAAAAGAAAGAAAAGAAACAAAAGGUGAAGGGCAAGUUGACGCCCCUCACAGGAAAGAACUACAAGCAGCUGCUGAGCCGCGUGGAGGCUCGCAAAGCAAAGCUUGAGCAGCUGAAGGAAAAAGACGAAGCCAAGGCUCUCGACUUUGAGAAGAAGAUGAAAUGGACCAACGUGCUUUACAAAGCAGAGGGCCUCAAAAUUAAAGACGACGAAGACAUGUUGCGCACCUCUUUGAUGAAGAAGGAAAAGAGACGGACGCAAAAGCAAAAGAAGUGGGACCAGCGGUGUGAAAGCGUCGUGGAAAAGAUGCAGCAUAGGCAGGACAAGAGGAAAAAGAACCUCCAGAAACGCAAAGAAGUGAAAAUAGAAAAGAAGAAAAACAGAGCUCGAAAGAGGGGAAGGGUGCUUCCAGAAGAUCUGAAAAAAGCCGCAGUUUAGAGGACGAGAAAUCUCAGUACACGUGAAGAAACGACACGAUGAGUCAGCGCUCAAGUGGGAUAAUUUAAUGUCUACUGGUGAUCCCCAUAGUAUUCAUCUCUUUAAUGUGCAGGAGGUUUUUUUCUGUUAAUAAAAUCUCAUCUUUUUAUUAUGAA